GGGGUCCGAGCGGAGCCGGGGGUGGGCUGGUGGCGGGGCCGGGAGACGCCGCGGCCCCUGAGGGGAGGCGAGCGGCGCCCUCCGCCCUCCCACCUCCCGCCCCUGCCGCGCUCCAACUUUGCUGCCUCUCGCCUCCCAGCCGGCUCCAUCCCUCCCUCCAUCCCUCCCUCCAUCCCUCCUUCCCUCCCUCCUUCUCUCCCGCCGGGAGCCCGCCACGCCGUGAGGCGGCCGCCGCGGUGCGGCGGGGCGGGCAGGGCGGCGCCGAGCGGGGCUCUACGCGCUGCUCCGGCGGCGCCCUGAGGGAGCCGGGUGCCCCGGGUGGGCUUGGCGACGACGACGACUCCGUCUCGGCGCGGGACGCCAUGAGCCAGGCUCAGCCUUACGCCCCGAGGAAGGGCGGCUCGCCGGGGACCGGCACCCGGCGGAACGACAGCCAGGACUACCUGCUGCUGGACGCGGAGCCGGGCGAGGACAGCGCCCUGCCGCCCUACGCCUUCUACCCGCUCCGAGGCAAUGAGAAUAGACUAGCACUACGACGACAGACCAUUCUCCGGGAGAAGGGGAGGAGGCAGGCCAGUCGAGGGCCAGCGUAUAUGUUUAAUGACCGCUCAACAAGUCUUUCUCUUGAGGAGGAACGCUUUUUGGAUGCAGCAGAAUAUGGAAAUAUCCCGGUGAUUCGCAAAAUGCUAGAAGAUUGCCCCUCACUCAAUGUCAAUUGUGUGGACUAUAUGGGGCAGAAUGCCUUGCAGCUAGCAGUUGCCAAUGAGCACCUGGAGAUCACAGAACUUCUACUGAAGAAAGAGAACCUGUCUCGGGUUGGGGAUGCCUUGCUUUUGGCUAUUAGCAAAGGUUACGUUCGGAUAGUGGAAGCCAUCCUAAACCAUCCCGCAUUUGCCGAAGGCAAGAGGCUUGCAUUAAGUCCAAGCCAGUCAGAGCUCCAGCAUGAUGACUUCUAUGCAUAUGAUGAAGAUGGAACACGGUUUUCCCAUGAUGUUACACCAAUCAUCCUGGCUGCUCACUGCCAUGAGUAUGAGAUCGUCCACACUCUGUUGAGAAAAGGGGCUCGGAUCGAUAGGCCACAUGACUAUUUCUGUAAGUGCAGUGAAUGCAAUCAGAAACAAAAGCAUGACUCUUUCAGCCAUUCUCGGUCCAGAAUCAAUGCCUACAAAGGUCUAGCCAGCCCCGCUUAUCUGUCUUUAUCCAGUGAAGACCCCGUAAUGACUGCCUUAGAGCUCAGUAAUGAGCUGGCCGUGCUUGCUAAUAUUGAAAAAGAGUUUAAGAAUGAUUACAAGAAAUUGUCUAUGCAAUGCAAAGAUUUUGUAGUUGGACUCCUUGAUUUGUGCAGAAAUACAGAAGAAGUGGAAGCUAUUUUGAAUGGUGAUGUAGAGAUGAGCCAUAAUAAUGGAGAACAUGGUCGCCCCAGCCUUAGCCGCUUAAAACUUGCCAUUAAAUAUGAAGUAAAAAAAUUUGUAGCACAUCCCAACUGCCAGCAACAACUUCUCUCAAUCUGGUAUGAGAAUUUGUCAGGUUUGCGGCAGCAGACCAUGGCAGUGAAGUUUCUAGUUGUUCUCGCUGUUGCAGUAGGACUGCCCUUCCUUUCAAUGGCUUACUGGAUUGCUCCUUGCAGUAAGCUGGGGAGGAUAAUGCGUGGACCAUUUAUGAAGUUCGUAGCCCAUGCAGCUUCUUUCACCAUUUUUCUUGGUCUGCUUGUCAUGAAUGCAGCUGACAGAUUUGAUGGCACCAAACUCCGACCUAACGAAACAACAGGCAAUGUCAAACAACUAUUUAGGAUGAAAACAUCCUGUUUCUCCUGGAUGGAGAUGCUCAUUAUUUCUUGGGUAAUAGGCAUGAUAUGGUCUGAAUGUAAAGAAAUUUGGUCUCAAGGUCCAAAGGAAUACCUUUUUGAAUUAUGGAAUAUGCUUGAUUUUGGCAUGUUAGCAAUUUUUGCAGCAUCAUUCAUAGCAAGGUUUAUGGCAUUUUGGCAUGCGUCUAGAGCCCAGAACUUGGUUGAUGCAAAUAUGAAAGACCUGUCAAGUCCAACACUGGAGCCCAACAUAAAAUACUACACCUUGGCUAGAAUAAACUGGGAUCCGUCUGAUCCACAGAUCAUAUCUGAAGGCCUGUACGCAAUUGCAGUAGUAUUAAGUUUCUCCAGAAUAGCCUACAUAUUACCAGCCAAUGAAAGCUUUGGACCACUGCAGAUAUCACUUGGCAGAACUGUGAAAGACAUCUUCAAGUUCAUGGUGAUAUUUAUCAUGGUGUUUGUAGCUUUCAUGAUAGGCAUGUUUAAUCUCUAUUCCUACUAUCUGGGGGCAAAACAAAAUGAAGCAUUCACAACUGUUGAAGAAAGUUUCAAGACAUUAUUCUGGGCUAUAUUUGGACUCUCAGAAGUUAAAUCAGUUGUCAUCAAUUAUAAACACAAAUUCAUUGAAAAUAUUGGCUAUGUCCUUUAUGGAGUUUAUAAUGUUACCAUGGUCAUUGUCUUACUGAACAUGCUUAUUGCAAUGAUCAACAGCUCAUUCCAGGAAAUUGAGGAUGAUGCUGAUGUAGAAUGGAAAUUUGCAAGGGCUAAACUUUGGUUUUCUUACUUUGAAGAAGGGAGGACUCUUCCAGUACCCUUCAACUUAGUGCCAAGUCCAAAAUCUUUGCUGUAUCUCUUACUCAGAAUCAAAAAAUGGAUCUCUAAACCAUUUCUGUGCCAAAAGAAAAACUUUCAGGAAGAUGCAGAGAUGAACAAGCUUGGUCAAAGGAAGCAAUCAAGUAUAAGAAGCUCUGAUGAAAUCCACUUAAACAGUCUAAACAAUCCUCCAAGACAAUACCAGAAAAUAAUGAAGCGGUUGAUUAAAAGAUAUGUACUGAAAGCUCAGAUAGAUAAGGAAAGUGAUGAAGUCAAUGAAGGUGAACUGAAGGAGAUCAAACAGGACAUUUCAAGUCUCCGGUAUGAACUCCUUGAGGAAAAGUCCCAAAAUUCAGAAGAUCUGGCAGAACUUAUAAGGAAACUUGGGGAAAAAUUGUCAAUCAACUCUAAGGAAGAAGAAAACAAAAGAUAACCAACCUAAACAUUUAAGAAAUGCAACAGAAUGUUAACAAUCCACUCAAAGCCAUAUUUCUGUUUUUCUCAAGUCUAGCUCACAUUUCUACUACAGAUUCAGAAAUUACAUCAUUCCAAAUCUUUAUUGUAAAAACAGAGCCGCAAAUCCUCUCUGUCUAUGGUAAAGAUGAAAUACCACUUGAGUAGCGAUAUUUAUUUAUCCUUUAUCUGCUGAAGAAUAGAUAGUUUUAGAUCAUUUUAAUAUUCAAUUUACCUCUUUUAGAAGGUGAGUGGAAUCUUGACAAGCCCAGCUGUGAAAGAUUAAAGACAUAAAUCUAAACUUUUCCUACAUUAGCUGGUUGUUUUUCCAAAUUUAAUUUUGUAGACAUUCACACAUAUAUUUUAGUGAAGCAGAAGAGGGAAAUUGUGGGUUUUUACAUAUUUAUAUCAAAUGCUAUUUAAUUUUUCAAACAUUCUCAACUAGAAAAAAAAAGGAAAAGAAAAAAGCAAACUGUCUUUCUUAAAAACAUGCAGGUUAUUAAUUUAUUUGAGCAUCUCUUUAUUUGAGCAUUAGAUAGCAGAAUUCUCAGAGGUCUUUCCUACUUAUCUCUAUCACUUGAUAAACUAUCAUGAAAGAUUCCUAGGUUCCAAUGGGAGCUGGUGCAUUAAGAAAGAAAUAUUUUUCACCAAGCUUAUUGAAAAGCUAUUGCUGGGGCCUGAAGGAAAUUCCUUUAAUCCAGAAUAAUUAAUCCUUGAAGUUCUAAUCUGUUCCAGAAUUCCCAAAUUCUCCAGCUUUUAUGUCUUGAACUAAAACCCACAAACUGCAGGAAAGUUUGAUUGUAAAGCAGGUAAUACAUUAAGUUGGAGGAUAUUACAAUAGUAAGUGUAAACCCUCUGAAUUCAGGGAAUGGUAUGCAUUGGGGACCAUGUUUCCUCACAGUUAAACUUCUUUAAGUUGUUGAAUUUUGCUCAGAUAUAUCUUUACCAAAAGAAAAGGUGUUCCAAAAGCACAAAAUCUGUAUAGAUUUGCAUCCCUUGUCCUAUUCUUUCCCUGGAGAAUUUCCUGCGCUCUAUCUCCUAGGAUUUCAUCAAUGAAGAAUCUUCUCCAUGUCAUCAUGAGUAGCUUCCCACACUUCGCUUAUGCCUACUGUAAUACUCCUAUGUCUCUGUUUAGCUGGACAAGAGGUAUGAUAUAUCCGUGUAGACAUGUCUGGUUGAUUGUUUAGAUGCCCAAUCCCUGGAGGUGUUCAAGACCAGGUUGGAUGAGGCCCUGGGCAACCUGAUCUGAUGGGUGGCAUCCCUGCCCAUGGAAGGGGGGUUGGAGCCAGAUGAUCUUUAAGGAUCCUUCCAAACCAAGCCAUUCUGUGUAUAUAUGAAUCUAUGAUUCUAUGAUAGUUGUGUGGGUCACCAGCUAAUACCUACAUGCAGGAUAGUUGGUUGCUUUCUGUUUCUCCAAGUGGAUACAGGCUAAACACCAUCUCAUUUUUUCCCUCAGUUAAUGCAGUAAAUUGGUUUCUCUCCUCCAGCAAUCACCCAUUCUGUGAUUGUUACAAGCAUAUAUUGUGUUGGAGAACUUUACUCCUCUUUAAGCUAGGUUGAAGUUAGUGAAAGGGCUGUGAAACUUUAUAACAGGAACUUCAAGAUGUAUAAUGUACCUGUAAAAACCUUGCAUAUAUUGGAAACACAGCUAAAAUGACUUGUCGGUAAUUACUUUUAAAUUAGCUUUGUGAAACUUAUUUAUUGUGGAAUGUAUCAGAGUCUUUCCACCUCUCCCUUUUGGCUGAAGGUGUAAAAAUAUUGCUUUUGAUUGGUUCAGACUAGUUUCUAGCUGAAUUUACUGAUAGCCUUUUUAAAAAACAUUGGUGAAAUCACUGUGUAUUUUCAGGGCAAAAAAGUGUGAAUGAGAACUGCUUUUGUAGUCAUGUAGACAUAUGUAGAGGCAAGAGGCUCUGUCCUGCCUGGAGUGCAGUUGAAGUUGUGGAGGUUGGCCUUUGACCAGGUUGACUGGGUAUUUACUGUGAUCUGGGGGAAUUUCUCAGCCUUAUGCUCAGCCAGUUAGAUUAGCCACAAAUGGAGCCUGUGGGAUAAUCCCAUGUACUGUGGGCCUCAUGCAUAAUGAACUCAGGGUUUAGAAACAUUUAAGGCCUCUUCUUCUGAGGGAGGAGAAGAAAAUGAGACUUUUGAAGGUACUAGAACAGACUGUAUUAAAAUCCACAGUGUGUGCGACUGGAAAACUAUGAGCUACAGAAUAGCCAAUUUAAUAACUUGCCUUUGAUUAUUAAAAAGCAUUACCUCAUAACCUGCAGUAUUUCCUGCAGUAGUCAACAGGGAGUACUGCAGACUCUGAGAUGGCCGUACUGGUUGGUCUGCAGCAGAGAUGCUCUGGUUUCUGUGUCAGCCAUUGUGUGGAAACAAAGGCAGCUGGGGUGAUCUCCAGCUGGAAGUCAGCAUGAAGCUAUCUUCACUGCCUUUUGUCCCCUGGAAGGCUCCUGCCUGUCUCCCUGGGCCAGAAUUGGUCACCGAUUUUGAGUUCCCGCUUGAAUAUUUUGGGCCUGGUUUACUGAAGUAGUGAGCACUUAUUACGGCUCCAGCAAAUGACCACAUUAGGGACCACACCACACCAAGAUUUUCCACCUUUGAGAAGCCCUUUGGAAAAUCUGUUGGCCAGAACUUUUGGUAACAAUUACAAUUAAAAUUUGCUUUCACUAAUAGGAAGUUUUCGACCAUUGUAAUGUGCAGAUUGGAUCCGCAGCCCAGUGCUAGAUGUUGGUAAAACUCAAUCUCCAUAAAUCCAGUGUAAGGAAAUGGCACUUAAGGAAAUGUGUAAACACAGUUUAAGAUCCAGGCACUUUUAAAGUGAAGAUUUUUAUUACAGAGGUAAAAUGGACACUGUGAACUUGUUUAAGCCCAAAUUUUGACUUACCUUAAAACUAUAGGAUCAUAAUGUAUAUAUUGUAUUUCAUGAAAAAAAAAAAAAGAUUUUUUUAAUUCAAUGAAGAUAUUUUAUAUGUAGUUAUUACUCAUGGAACAAUUUGUUAAAUAUAUUUGAAGAGGUCUAUUGCCAAAUGUAGUGUGACAAGCAAUGUAGUAUUUAAAAUGAGCACAAUACCAAAUAUAUUAUUCUGAUAAAAAAUUAAACAUACCAAACUGAAAA